UCAGUGACCAUGCCAACCUCCUCCACACAACUUUCAUCCCUGGAGUCUACCAACACCACCCAGCAGCCCAACUCCAGCAUGUACUUGUUCUCCAAGUUCAUCCACCCUGACACAGAACUGUACAGAGAAUUUUACAGCCUGUGGAUUGCCCUGCUGGUAGUCAAUGCCAUCAUUUUCCUGGUGGGUGUUGUGCUGAACAGCUUGGCCUUGUACGUCUUCUGCUUCCGUACCAAGACAAAAACCACCUCAGUUAUUUACACCAUCAAUCUGAUUGUUACUGAUCUCUUGGUGGGUUUUUCCUUGCCUGUCAGGAUCAUCAUGUUCUAUAGUGCAGGGGACUGCCUGAACUGCUCCUUGGUUCACAUCUUUGGCUACUUUGUCAACAUGUACUGCAGCAUCCUCUUCUUGACCUGCAUCUGCGUCGACCGCUACCUGGCAAUCGUGCAGCUGGAGGCCUCGCGGAGAUGGAGGAACCCGACCUGUGCCAAGGGGAUCUGCAUCUUCAUUUGGAUCUUUGCCACUGUGGUGACCUUCUCCAUCCUCACCAUGGCCAUACAGUUUGCUGCCUGCUGCCUCUCCAAGAUCCUGGUCCUGAUGGUCUGUGAGUACUUCUUCCCCCUCGUCAUCAUCAUCUUCUUCACCACCAGGAUUAUGGGCGCCCUCUCCAAGCCCAGCCUCAUGCACCAGAGUCGGGAGAGGAGGAUGAGGGCUGUCCAGCUCCUGAGCACCGUCCUCAUCAUCUUCAUGAUCUGCUUCACUCCUUUCCACGUCCGACAAGUAGCCAUCUCCAUCAACCCAGACAUGCCCCACGAUGUCAGCCUCCUUGUCUACCACGUGACAGUCACCCUGAGUAGCCUCAACAGCUGCAUGGACCCCAUUGUCUACUGCUUCGUGACCAACAACUUCCAGUCAACCAUGAAAAACAUCUUCAGGAAAAGAGAGCCAGAGCAAAGCAGUGUGGACAUCCUGGGCAUGAGCAAGAACUCCAAAGGUUCUAAUGCAAUCAUUGCCUUCUCAAACAAAAUAGGGAGCCCCAUGAAUUUGCCAUCAUCCCCAAGCAGUGUCCAGAUAUAA